AUGAAUUCUGUCUCCGCCCCUGGAGAGCCUCAGGUGGUGCGCAACGGCCUACAAUCGCCUCCUAUCAACACCUCGAAGGACAUGGCAAGCCGCCUCGCUUCCAAUCCACACAAUGCCCAAUCCAACUAUGAUGUUAUGUCAACUAGAUCGAAUAUGAAGGCGAGCGGAAACCUGAUCGAUGCAACUGAGGAUUUGGCCAACAUUGGAGACUAUAAUGCUUCUUAG